AUGACAGAAACAAUGAUUCCUGAUCAUUCAAAUACAAUGAUAACAGACAAUGGUCAAACAACGAAUUCUAAUGAAAAAAAAAUUACACUUCAAGAUGUACCACGUUUACCACGUGAACUUACUCCAUUUGCACCAUUUAUAAAUGUUAUUGAAUAUGAUCAACGUGGUCCAUUAUUUCAAGGACCUGGAUCUAAACGUGACACAGGACGUUAUAAAGUUCGACCAGUUGAUGAUGAUAAUGUUAAACGUGCAAAAAAAUUUGCGUUGGAACAAAGUGUUAAAUAUGUUCUUGUUAGACAACAACAACAUCAACAACGGGCACAAUUAGAUUUAAUCAAAAAACAACAAGCACUUUUAUUAAUGUGUCGAAUUUAUAUUGGAAGUAUUAAUUUUGAAUUAAAUGAAGCUAUGCUUAAACAAGCAUUUCAACCAUUUGGUCCAGUGAAAUCAGUUUCAUUAACAUUUGAUCCAGUAACUAAUCGUCAUAAAGGUUUUGCUUUUCUUGAAUAUGAAACACCUGAAGCAGCACAAUUAUCUAUUGAACAAAUGAAUGGAGUUAUUCUAGGUGGAAGAAAUAUUAAAGUUGGUCGACCUUCGAACAUGCCACAAGCACAACCCAUUAUUGAUCAAUUAACAGAAGAAGCAAAAAAUUAUAAUCGAAUUUAUGUUGCUUCUAUUCAUCCAGAUUUAACUGAAACAGAUAUUCAAAGUGUAUUUGAAGCUUUUGGAAAAAUUAAAAGUUCUUCAGUGGCAAAAGAUACAGCAACAGGAAAACAUAAAGGUUAUGGUUUUAUUGAAUAUGAAACAGUUCAAGCAGCGCAAGAUGCAAUCAAUUCAAUGAAUUUAUUUGAUCUUGGUGGACAAUAUCUACGAGUAGGAAAAGCGAUAACACCACCUGAAGGUUUAUUUGCUUCGACUCAACCAAUAGCAAGUCAAAUGCCAACAGCUGCGGCAUUAGCUGCUGCUACAAUCACAGCUCAACUACAAGCUAGUGAUGUUGAAACUAAUGCGCCACCCAUUACUACUUCACAAAUUAUCAAUAAUCCAUUAACACAAGUUGGUUUUCUUGGUGGUACUAUUGCACCAACAACAGUUGCAGCUGCUCUUUCGGCUGCUUCUUAUGGUGGUGCAUCAGCUGUAACAUCCAUGAUUUCUACUAUACUCAAUACAACUGCUGCCAUACCAAAUGUAAUUCCUCAACCAUCAAUUAUUGGUUCACCUGGAAUUCUUUCGAAUUUUGCGACACCACUUGUCAGUAAUCUUCCUACUUCUACACCAACAUCACAAACGCUAAAACCACCUCCACCUCCUCAGCUAAUUAUUCCUCCACCACCAUCAUCAUUAACAAUACCUCAACCUACUCUAUUAGAAGAACCACCAAUACCUGUUGGAUUAAAAGUUGAUUUACAAUCCCAACAACAACAACAACAACAACAACAACAACAACCACCGCAACAACAACAAUAUCCAUCAAUUUCACUUGUUCUACCAAAAAAUCCAUCAUCAAAUAAUUUAGAUAUAACCGACAGUCAAAAAACUGUUUCAGAUUUAAAAAAUACUGAUGAUCCGUUGGCUAGUUUAUCUCAACAAGAAGAGCUUAGUGUUAAAGGUCGUGAACAACGGCAUUUACUAAUGCAAAAAUUAAAUCAACGUCGACUUGAUUCACGUGUAUGUGUAUUAAGAAAUAUGGUUAGUUCAGAAGAAGUUGAUGAUGAUUUACAACAAGAAAUUACAGAAGAAUGUUCAAAAUAUGGUGAAGUUAAUAAAGUUGUUAUUUACACUGAAAAACAAGGCGAAGAAGAUAAUGCAGAACAAAUUGUGAAAAUUUUUGUGGAAUUUAAAAAUAGUAAAGAAGCAGAAAAAUCAGCUGAAUCACUUAAUGGUCGAUGGUUUGGUGGUCGAAUGAUAAAAGCUGAAUUAUAUGAUCAAGUUGCUUAUCAAGCUGAAGAUCUUUCUGGUUAA